UUUAAAUCCAAAAAUUUUUCUUACGUUAAGUAAAAAUUUCUUUGGAAUAGCCUAAGGGGCAUUUUGACCCUAUUUUUUCAAUGAUUAUCUGGAAAGCAUGAUCGUUGUAUCUGGUUGGAAGGGUGGAAAAGUCGGCCACCGUGAAUUGAGGCAGAAGCAGCAACUGAAGCAGCGGAAGUGUAUAUUAUUGAGAAAACGGUGAAAUGUCCCGCGAUCCCUAUGGUAGUUCCAGUAUUGGUGGUGGUGGAAAUCGAUCUCCACGUAGUGUUCGUCGAAUCGCUGAACUUCCAACUGUAGAUCGUUCACCGUCACGCAGUUAUCCUGCAACAACAGGAGGACGCGGUAGUCCAUUAGGUAGAAAAUCAGCUGUUAGACAAACUCGUUCAGGAAAUAAUUCUCCAGAUCAUACAGGUUACGGUUCAUCAUAUCAUCAUCAAACAAUGGGGAGUCCAUAUUACAGUCGUGAGGAUGACCUUGCCAGUCCGGUGCUGUUAGACGAGCGUGGCCGAUCAACAGGGCCAGGAAGUCAUCAUAGAUCACGUAGUGCGACACGACCCACGGGCGUAGGUCCAAUGAAUGUACGAUAUCAAUCGUUGGACCGGGCAACCGGAAUCUUGAGCGAUUCGGCUCAUGAACGUGAAUUCAUGCCAAUCAGAGAGCCACGUGAACGAUCGCUGGAUCGGGGUGGUCGUGAUCGUAGUUUGGAGCGUGGUUUAUAUUUGGAGGAAGAAUUAUAUGGGGGAUCAGCAAGAUCAGCACGUCAAUCACCAAAUCCACAUUUAUCAUCACGCGAACCAUUCAUUGGAGAAUUACAACAUCAAAAUAAUGAUUUACAACGCGAGCUUGGUAAUUUGAAAAAAGAAUUAGAAUUAACAAAUCAAAAAUUAGGCUCCAGUAUGCACAGCAUUAAAACAUUUUGGAGUCCAGAAUUGAAAAAAGAACGUGCGUUGCGUAAAGAAGAAUCCGCUAAAUACAGUUUAAUUAACGAUCAACUGAAAUUGUUAAAUAAUGAAAAUCAGAAACAAGCAAUGCUAGUGCGUCAACUAGAAGAAGAAUUACGUAUGAGAAUGCGUGCACCAAGUAUUGAAAUGCAACAACAAAUGGAAGUAUUAUUUAGCGAAAAUGAACAUUUAACAAGAGAAAUUGCCAUAUUGCGUGAUACGAUUAAAGAAUUAGAACUUCGUAUUGAAACGCAAAAACAAACAUUACAAGCCCGCGAUGAAAGUAUCAAAAAAUUAUUGGAAAUGUUGCAAAAUAAGGGAAUGGGUAAAGAAGAAGAACGUCAAAUGUUUCAACAGAUGCAGGCAAUGGCGCAAAAACAGUUGGAUGAAUUUCGAUUGGAAAUUCAACGUCGUGAUCAAGAGAUAUUGGCUAUGUCAGCUAAAAUGAAAACGUUAGAGGAGCAACAUCAAGAUUAUCAAAGGCAUAUUGCUGUGCUGAAAGAAUCGUUAUGCGCUAAAGAAGAACAUUAUAAUAUGCUUCAAGCUGAUGUUGAAGAAUUACGUCAACGAUUAGAAGAGAAAAAUCGUCAUAUUGAGAAGAAAACACAAAUUGCAAUGCAAGCAACACAAGAACGAAAUCGUAUGCAAACCGAAUUAACCGAAUUAAAAGAUCAUAUGGAUAUCAAAGAUCGUAAAAUCAAUGUUUUACAAAGAAAGAUUGAAAAUCUUGAAGAUUUAUUAAAAGAAAAAGACAACCAAGUCGAUAUGGCUCGUGCACGAUUAACUGCUAUGCAAGCUCAUCACUGUUCUUCCGAAGGUGCAUUAUCUUCUCUCGAAGAAGCUAUUGGCGAUAAAGAAAAACAAAUGGCUCAAUUACGAGAACAACGUGAUCGAGCCGAACAAGAAAAACAAGAGGAACGUGAAUUGCAUGAACGUGAGCUAGCUGAAUACAAAAUGAAAAUACACGCUUUAGAUAGUGAAGUUGAAAAAUUGGGUGCACGUCUUGAACGAGCUCAAGUAGAAAAGGAUCGAUUAGAAGCCAAAUUAGAAAGUUCACAAUCUGAACUUGGCAAAUCUAAAGCUGAACUGGACAAAGCAGCAAGUGAAGUGGGUCGAAGUGGUGCUGAUUGGGAACAAGCUAAACAACGUUUAGCGCGUUUAGAAUUAGAAAAUGAACGUUUACGACAUGAAUUAGAACGAUCACAAACCACAUUCGGACGAAGUACGCUAUCGACAUCACAAGAAUUAGAUCGUAUUCAAGAACGUGCUGAUAAAUCUGCAGCAGAGCUACGUCGAGCUCAAGCUGAGUUACGUGUAACGCAAGCAGAUUGUGAGCGUGCACAUAACGAAUCAGCAGCGUUGCAAGAGAAAUUAGAAAAAUCACAAGGCGAAGUGUACAGAUUGAAAGCACGAUUAGAAAACGCACAGGGUGAAACAGAAAGUAUGCGAAUGGAAUAUGAGAAAUCUCAAUCGAAUGUUGCUAAAUUACAUUCAGAUCGAGAGAAAGCAAUCAGUGAAUUAGAAAAGGCUAAAGAAGAAUUAGAACGUACACAAGCAACACUUGGCAAAGCUCAAUUACAACAAGAUAAAUUACAAAAUUCAUUAGAUAAAGCACAAACCGAAAUUGAUAAAUUACAAGAGAAAUUCGAUAAAGUUUGUGCCGAAUUAAGAAAGAUACAAUUAGAAAAAGAAAAACAGAAUUACGAUUAUGAAAAUCUACAAUCACAAUUAGAUAAAUCACUAGGUCAAGCUACUAGAAUGCAAAAAGAAAGAGAAGCCAUUCAAUUAGAAGCGGAUAGACUACGUGAUAAAUUCGAAAAAUCACAGAUUUUGAUAACACGAAUUCAAAAGGAACGUGAUCAAUUCCAAGAAGAGUGCGAGAAAUUACAAGAACGUAUUGAAUUACAACAAAGUCAUGUAUCGAAAGCACAACGUGAGCGUGCUGAUAUGCAAACUGAAUUGGAUGUGCUGAAAGAACGUUGGGAGAAAGCACAUGCUAUUCAUCAAAAAUUACAAAUUGAACGUGACGAUGCUUAUACUGAAAUUGAUAUACUGAAAGAUAAACUUGAAAAAACGAUUUAUGCAUCACAGAAAGCAAUUGAUGAUAAAGAAACGGCAAAUAAAGAAUUCGAAAAAAUGUUGGAGAAAUAUGAUAGGUCACAAAAUGAUGUCUACAGAUUACAAAACAAGAUUGAUACACUGGAAGCUGAUAAGGAUCGUUUAGCGUUAGAAGUAGAAAAACAACAAUUAUUAGCAACAAAGGCUCGUGAGGAACAACGUAAAACACAAGAAGAACUUGCCCGCUUACAGGAAAUGUAUGAUCGCUCAGCCAUGCAAUUAGGUCGUACCAAAGAAAUGGAAGAGAAAACAAAAGAAGAUAUUGAUCGAUUAUCUGUUGAUUUAGAAAUGGUUCGUGAACGAUAUGACAAAACUCAAAUUGAAUUACGACGUAUACAAUCCGAUAAGGAGAAAUUACAAGCAGAAAGCGAACGUUUUGAAUUUGAAGUUGAACGAGCACAUUCUCAAAUGCAAAAGGCACAAGCUAACUAUGACAAAGCACAAGAAGAGAACGCUCGAAUGCAAAUUGAAAUUGAAAAAUUAUACGACAAACUAGAUAAACAACAAAUAGAAUAUCGUAAGAUGCAAAGCGAAGCAGAGCGUUAUAAAGCUGAAGCAGACAAUUUACGUGAAGAAUCUGAUCGUUAUGCAUCACGAUUUGGCAAAUAUCAAGAUACACACGAACGUACAAAAGAGGAGCAUGAACGGUUAAAGGCAGAAGUCGAACGUUUGCAGAAUCGAUUGGAUAAAACAUCAUUGGAAUUAGAGCGUGCACGGAAAUCUGAACAAGAAGCAAAUCGUCUACGUUCUGAAUUGGAUCGGAUCGAAAGUAUGCGAGGUAAAUAUCAAUACGAGCAUGAUAAGUGGUCAGCUGAAACUGGCCGAAUUCAGGCUGAAAAUGAAAAAUUACAACAAGAAUUACAGAAAGUACUUACAGGCAAUCAACAAUUAGAAGAUAAAUUACAUGAGGUAAAUAUGCAAUUAGAUAUUAGCAAAGCAGAAAUAGCAAAAUUAACUGGUAUGCAAGAAAAACAAAGAUUAGAAACAGAGCGUGCACAUAUUGAAUGUGAAAAAGUACGCGAUCGUUAUGAAAAACUGAAAAUACAAUACGAAAAAGUAGAAAAGGAGCUCGAUAAAAUGAAGGCAGAUGUUGGACAGUUUGAAAGAUACAAAACACAAAUGAAUUCUGUUGAUAAGUCAAAGAGUGAUGAUAAAUUAGAGAUUGAACGCUUACGUGAUCGUUUAGACAAAGCCAUUCAAGCGCGUGAUGCAACUGAAUUGGAAGCUGGUCGAUUAGCUAAAGAACUAGAAAAAGCACAUAAAAAUCUUAAUAUGGCCGCUGAGAAUAGCGAAACUCUAAAAUUAGAGCUUGAAAGAGUAAAUGUUGAGUUGACACGUGCUCGAGAGAAGGCAGAACGAUUACAGGUUGAUGCCAAAACAAUUGAACAAGAACGUGAUGUACUACGUGCAGAAUUGCAACAAAUGCGACGCGUUGUGGAGCAACAACAACGUAAUGUUGAUCAUCGAACACAAGAAAACUUACUUAAACUUCAACAAGAAUUAGCUCAAUCUGUACGCGAUCGUGAAAAACUAGCUUCCAUGCUUGACAAACGUGACAAACAAGAUGAUUCCGUUGAAAAACAAUUCUUGAAAUAUGAAAACGAUAUUAAGAAAUUAACUACGGAACGAGAUCAAUUAGUUUUGCAAUUAGAGAAAUCACAAGACAUGUUAAUGAAUUUCCAACAAGAACUUACCCAAUCCGAACAAGAACUUGAAAGACAACGCGAAGAAGUUCGAAGUCUAAAAGGCGAACAACGUCGAAUCACACAAGAUGUAGAACGUGGUACUAAAGAAAUGUUAGAAAAUAGAGAUCGUGAAAUAUCUAAACUUCAACAACAAAUUCAAGCAUUACAACGAGAGCGUGACACACAAAAGCAAAGAGCUGAAAAAGCUGAAAAGAAAUUCCAAGAGACUGGCGCCCGUGGUGAUUCUGAACUUGAACAAUGGCGUAAAGUUGUUGAAACAGAGAAAAAUCGCGCUGAUAUGGCAGAAAAAACUAUUUCAGAAUUACAAAAACAUAUACAAGGCAUGGAGAAACAAUUACAUGCACAGCAACAACAAUUACAACAACAGCUUCAGCAAAUGGCCCAAUAUCAGAAACAAGCUGGUAUACAUCCACCUGGUGGUGGAGGUCAAGACGAAAAACUUCGUAAAGAACUAGACAAAGCGUUAGCCGAUCUUAAGAAUAGUUCGGUUGAAAAAGAAAGGCUGCAAGCACAAUUAGAAAUGCUUGUACAAGAACUGGAAAAGAACCAGCUCGAUCUACACGAAGCCACCAAGAAGAUGCAAUCGAUGAACGCUGGAACAGCAAUGAACGCGAAACAGAACGAAGAAGCUACCGCUAUUAAGAAACAAUUAGAUGCCCAAAAGAAACAAUUAGACGAACAAAGGAAAACUGUAGAAAAUAAACGUAGAGAAGUUGAGCAACGUGAAAAAUCCCUUACAGAAUUAGAUACACAAUUAAAGAAACGUAAAGAACAAAUGGACCAAUUAGAGCAGCAACUUAAAAAGGUGGGUGGUGCUGCAUCUGCUGCAAGUGAAUUAAACAAGAAAUUAACCGAACAAGAGAAAGAACUUGAAUCUCACAGGCAAAAAUUACAACAAGCUCAAGAAGAAGCCAAACGUUCAGCAACUGAAAUGGAAAGACUCUUACAACUUGUUCAAAUGAGUCAAGAAGAACAGAAUAGUAAAGAGAAAACGAUUAUGGAGUUACAACAAGCUCUUAAGAAUGCGCAAGCUAAAUUACGAAGCCAACAGCAACAAAUGACUGAACAGAGAAAAACUGAGGAGGCUGGACCUGCUGGUUUCUUAAAAAGCUUCUUUUAAAUUAUUUCCACAAACACAGAAUAUUCAUAUAUUCAAUGCAGUAGAUGAUUCAGUUAAUAAUAAUUCGCAUACAAUAAUAAUUUUCAUGAUAAA